AUGUCGAGGCCAGACAUGUCAAUGGAGCCUGAUGCCAGAGGUUGGCACAAAACUACUCUCCUCUCUCUUCCCAAUGAGUUAUAUCGCCAGCUCAUUUUACAAAUCCUUGAUCCCCUUCCAACCCGCUCUCUCCUUCCUUUAUCCCUCACCUGUCGGCGCAUCCGCGACAUCAUUGCACGCCUCAUCUAUUACCGCCUAUACACCCUCAUGACAACCGUAGGGGCUGACAGCACUUUUCUCGAGUGCUAUCAUCCCGCCUUUAAACCUAUCGGGCCAUACUUGAAAUGCGCCUAUCUACGCACUGAUGCGCUUAUUGACCACGGAAGCUCCCCUCAUAAUGACCCCACAGCUCCCUACCAACUGGACAAAUCCGACUCUGCACGAUUCACGACUACAGAAUACCUAGGGCGGUUAAACAGCUCAUAUACUCACUUCCUUCCCCUGUGUCCCAGAGGGUCUUGGAUAAAUACGAACAUGUCCAUGGCGGGGUCCCCCCGAUUCAUGGUGGAACAAACAAUCUCCCCGCAACAGCAAUUAGAUAACAGCUAUAACAUGCACAUCCGAGGUUCCAUUUUCCUGGACGAAAACGAACUAUUCUCUCAGCUUAUUACGGGGGUGUGGCUUGGGAGACCACAUAGGCAGAGAUAUUUGCUGGAUGGUGGAGUUGUGAGACUCUGGAGACGGUGGCUAGGGGAUAGAGAUAGGGAGAGGAGAAGGGAGUGGAAAAGGAUGUUUAUGACUGGGAUUGGUGUUGGGGCUUAUGGUGGAGAAACCUACUCUGCGGUGAAGACAGGGGAUCCAGCAUAUAGUGGGCAGAUUGGAGAGAUGGUUCCUCCCUGGGAAGACAGUAGCGUUCUCUGGCUUGGAGAGAAACGGGCAGGUCUCAAGUUUCGUGUGUGUCACCGGAAUCGAGGCGAGGGAUUGCAGUUUGGGGAGGAAUCUGACACUGACAGCGACGUGGGAGAGGAGCAGGGUGAGGACGAUGACAACACGUCGGUCCGGUAUGACAUUGAAAUUGAAGAGCUUCUUGUGCACACUACGACACUUUUGCUUGCAAUCGAGAAAGGUUGUUGCAAGUAG